GCAAUCGCGUAAACCAGCCCUGUACGUCUUUCCUGGGUCCCUCGCAGCAACACCCUUCCAAGAUGGCAGCCAACAGUAGCAGCACGGGUAGCAAAUCCAGCAACAGCGGCGGUGGGAAACAGUCCGGCCCGUCAGCUGAACAGGUGGUGGCAACAUUUCAGAGGAUGCGUCAGGAGCAGCGCAGUAUGGCUUCUAAAGCUGCAGAGUUGGAGAUGGACAUCAACGAGCACAGCUUAGUAAUAGACACAUUGAAGGAGGUGGAUCCAUCGAGGAAAUGCUUUCGUCUAAUAGGAGGAGUGUUGGUGGAGAGGACAGUAAAAGAAGUUCUACCUGCCUUGGAAAACAACAAAGAACAGAUCUCCAAAAUAAUCGAGUCCAUCAACUCACAGAUGCAGACGAAGGGGCGGGAGCUCACAGAGUACAGGGAACGCUACAACAUACGUUUGGUGGGAGAGGGCGAAGGAGAGGAAAAGGGCCAGUCAGCCGCUCCCUCCAGGGACAGCGAAGGAGGCGGAUCAAAAAGCGGAGCCGGUGUUUUAGUUUCAUAGGUAGUGAGCAUGGACAGUGACAGCAGGGCCCUUUGAUUUCUGCAGUGUUGAACACGUAGAUGGAGUCACACAGUUUAGGUGGAAAACAAACUCUUUGCAGGAUAACUCUGGAUUUGAAGUUUACUGAAAUCUCUGCUUAAUCUAACGCACUUGUUAAUUUGCAGCAGGUAUAUUCUGCUUCCUUAUGUUCAGUGUGAAAGUUAAAGCUGUCUUAUGUUUGCCUUUUUUAAUGGUGAAAUACUGUGACAUCAGUUCACUGAUUGAAUUCAACCCCCUGAACAUUUACCCGCACUCACGCAGGAGCAGCUAAAAACAUGAUUUUGCUGUCUUAAGAUUAUCGAAAGUGUUUUUCCCACACAAGAUGCAACUGCUAAUGUGUUUGGCCAAAACUAAAGAGUCAUUUCGAAAACUAAGAAGAAAUGGGACACCUAAACAUCCAGUAAAAUAAAUAACGAAGAGAUCAUUUUGAAAGAUGUGCAAAAAUUGGAUUUCAUCGUGCUGUAAAAAAUUAUUAAGUUGAGCAAAAGUUCAUGUCCAUGAAGGCAUUUAAAAAGCACUCGUCUUUAGCAUGAACAUCUAAAUUUACUCCAAGUACAUCAUCAGACUUAAAAACAGACACGUUAUAUUCAACCUCCCUCUGUGACAGUACGUUUCCUCUGAGCUCGUUUAGCUCCACACAUGAGCCAUGCAGAGUAUUAGCUCUGAAUGAGGUCGGUUUGUGUUCAGGGGUGACGAGCCUGGAAGUGUAACUGUCUCAUCUUAAUAAUAAAAACCCACCAUAACUGAGGAAAUGCCUCCUAGGACCCCAUGAGCACUGUCCACACGGUUAAUGUGUUGUAAGGCCUUUGUUUUUGUUAAUGAUCAUGAAUAAAAAAAAUGUCACAGUUGUGA